AUGUUCACACAAAAACACAACCCCGGCCCCAAGACGCACAAGCUCAGACAGUCGAGAAAGGCCUGUGUCGUCUACCUCUUUUCGACCAAGGUGAUCCAGGUCGUCGCCAAGCUGCGCGUCUGGGAGGACCAGUUUCCUGGCCUCAAAGGGCAUCGCUACGCGUGGUUCCCCAGUGAUGAGGCGCUUCCCCCUGACAGCGGCGUUCCAGAGUCACACCUUGGUCAGCUCGCCUGCGCCUUCCUCGUUGCCUUCAUCGCCCCAGUUCCGCGCCUCUCAGCCAACAUGGCCGCCGCUCUUGUCGCCAACGCCGUUCACGGCGAGUGCCGUGCCGACGACUUCCUCGCAGUCGACAACUCGCUUGGCGCCGUCGACGCCGCCUUCUUCGGCUACGACUCGUCCAACGACACUGCCCUCGUCACCGCCGCUCGCAGCGCUGGCGGCGCCUACUCUGUCACGCUGACGUCCGAUCAAGGCGCCCUCCGAGAGAACGAUAGUCUCAUGCCGGACUCGGCAUGGCAGACCAAGGUCUCCGCAGUGCUCGGGCUGAUGGCGGUGCAGAUCACAGUUGGGGUUCUCUACCGCGUUGCUCAGGCGCACGGAGGGGGCUUCCACUUCUCGACAAUGUCGGCCAUCGCCAUCGCCGAGACAUCGAAGCUCGCCAUCACUGUCGCCCUCCACGUCGCCGAUCCGCACCGCGAGAAUGGGAGCAGCGCUUGGGCGGCGGCGAGCGGCCAGCUUAGUUUGAGCGCGUGCCUCCACAUCUUCUCGCUCGCCUCGCUCUACGCGCUCAACAACCAGCUCGCCUUCUACGUCGCCAUCCAGAUGGACCCCGGCACGAUAUUCCUCUUCAAGGCGGCCAACGCGCUCAUCGUCGCCGCCAUCCAGAUGCUCUGCGUCGGCAGGCGCUUCAGCGGCGAGCAGAUUCGCGCCAUGGUGCUGCAGAUGAUUGGCAUCAUCAUCGUGCAGCACGACCCCUGCCGCGGCCAUGGCCGCUACCCACUGCGCGUGUACGGGCUGAUGGCCUUCAGCGUGGGCAUCACCGCAGUCUGCACAGUCCGGAACGAGUACAUCGUCAAGCACUACAGGAUCGCACUCAACGUGCAGAACUCAGUGCUGUACGCGAGCGGAGCUGCGCUCAACGUGACCGCCUUCUUCCUCGUGUCCAACCCGAGCAGCGCGCAAGCCGGGCUGGGCUUCUUCGACGGGUACGACAGCCCGCUCGCGGUGGCGGUCGUCGCAUGCAACACGCUCAUCGGCAUCGCGAUCAACCUCGUGUACAAGUACGCGGACGCGGUCCUCAAGUGCAUCGCCACCGACUGCACCGCCGUCGCCAUCUUCUUCAACCUGCGGCCGUCGCUCACCCUCUGGUGCGGCGUCUGUGUGGUCUGCUACGCCGUCUACUCGUACUCGAUGGCCGCUCGGCCGACGGAGCGCGACCCAGAGGCUAGUCGAGCGCUGGUCAGGGAGGUGAGCAUGCAGGGGAGCAUACAGGACGAGAUGGAGCUGGAGUCGGCACGCGAGGCUCAGCGGCCGAUGCUGCAGAGGACUUAG